AUGCCAUUUCUUGGUAGCACGGCGUCAACAGCCUCCAACUUCUUCACAAUUCCGUUCCGCAAAAAGAAGCAAAGGUACACUAUCAAUCCACCAGACGAGUCUUACAAUGUGAUCUACCUUGGCAAUGUGUUGACGGUGAUGGCGCGAGGCGAUCAUUGUUAUGAGAAGCCGUUGGCUCUGAUUUGGAAAGCGUAUUGCUCGCGAUCGAGAAAUGAUCUUGGAAUGAACCUUGAGAUUACUCGAUCUGGUCUCAAAGCAGAAACCAAACAGCAGGGUCUCACCGAAUAUUGGGCGCAUCGCAUCACGUUCAGCGCAGCGCCACCCGAAUACCCAAAAGUGUUCUGCUGGAUCUAUAAGCAUGACGGAAAACGAUUGAAACCAGAACUUCGUUGCCACGCGGUUCUUUGCAAAAAGAACUCUGAACCGGCAAUCAUCAACACCAAACUUCAGGAGUUCCUCCACGCCGCACUUCAGGAAUAUCGUCGUGAGAAAAUGUCGGCACAAAAUGCGAGGCUGACAGGAUCGGUUGGAUGUCCGCGACGCAAGCAGAUCCUUCAGACGGGAAGCUUGAACUUCCGUCCGCCAGUGAGCCGCUCGAAAUCAGCUCCAAGGCUCGGAAGUAUCGACGAGGAGCAAGAGGAGGACGAGUUUGCAUCAGACGAUAAUGAAUCUGUGUGCUACAAAGCUGCUCCUGAUUUGGAGUCGACCGCGUCAUUUUCAACAGGGGACAGUACAAAGAGCGGAGCGGAUUCGACCAGCUCAGCCGCGUCGACAACAAGCUCACGUACAGCGAGCAGCUCGGUUUACUCAGAAAGCGAUGAGAGGAAGACACUUCGUGCAGAUCCAGAUAGCCUCUCAGAAGAAAGUGGAUACCAUGAGGAGGGAAAACUUGCGCGCGAGUCAAGCGAGGAGAUUUACUGUUCCGAUAACGACCUCGUCAUUCUCGAGGAAGAUUAUGAGGAUGAGGAGGUUGAGCAGAUCACUUCACUUUAA